AUGUCUGAGGAUGGAAGCAAAUGUGAUCUAGAGCCGCGUGAUAGUCCGGGCCGUUUAGGUGAAGGAGAGCUUGGGCAGUGGGAGAGCAGAGCGAAUGGGCAAGACAGCGUGGAGAAUCAGGGGGAAGAACCGUUGUCCAAUGUUCUGCCGGCCGCGAACUUGGAAGAAGGAGAAGAAGAAGAAAAGGAUGUAACUGCCAAUGGAAUUAGCAGCGGGAGAAACGAGGAGGUUGACGGCCUGAAUGAGCAGCGGGAUCUCUGUGAGAACGAGCUUGAGGCUCAGGAAACAUCAGUGCAUAAGGACAAACUCCAGCAAAGUGACGCCAUAACAGAGCCACAACAGGAACUUGACAUUGAAGAAAGUACACUCCAUGAAGAAAACGAUAAUGGCAACGAUGACAAUGACAAGGACAACGACAUUGACGACGACUACGACGAUGACGAGUUUGGAGAUUUUGACGAAUUCGACGAAUACGAGUCACGUCCUCCUCCUCCUCCACCACCAGAGUCGCCAGAAUCAUCCACCAUUGCCAUUCCCGAAAGCGCAUUCAACAACAGAAGCGAAUUCCAAGCCCGGUUGGAACAGCUCAUGUCCAAGUUGUUUAUCCUACCCGCAACUUUCAAAACUGACACCACUGCAGAUCCAUCCUCCACACGCGACACCACUGUCACUACUACCUCCAGCAUCACCGCGGCGGACUCAUUACUAGACAAUGAACGAGUACGCACCAUAUAUAAGCAAAUUUCAACAUUGCCAUAUUUGCAGCCUCCCAAUUGGAUCAAGCUGGAUAUCAGACACAACCUAUUGAUCAAGUUGAAUAUACCGGUAAACUUGGAUGAACUCAAGACCCCACCGGCACCGGCAUCAGCACCACAACAAACGUCAUCGUCAGCAUUGCCGGCUCACCAUCCUGGGUUAGAUCGAACUUCAUCAGGCAGCGGCAUUCCACCUCCGCAUCCUCGUAUUGCACAACUGGGUAAUCGCCUCACUGUGCCACGAACACACUCCCACACGAGAAAGAAAUCGAUAAGCGUGGAAGACAUCGACUGGCUGGACUUCCCGCUCCCGGACCUCGACGACUUGAAAAUGAAUAAAGAAGAAAUAUCCCGGCUUAUCGAAUCCACCACGGCGAAAAUUUCCCAGUUUGAAAUUGACAACAUGGAGAACUCGACUGUGCUGUAUUUGCAGAGCCGAGACUUGGAUGUCAUCGAUGCCAAGUUGGACCAAUUGAAGCUGAACCAUGAGGAGUUGCUUGUUCUCAGCACCGUUUGGCUUAACCAGCUCCUGGAGUUGAGGAAGGAUUACGAGAUAUACGAAAAUGUCGUGCAGAGUUGUAUUGGGUAUAGUCAGAAGUUGCGCCGCGAGGAAAUAUUGGAGAAUUUGAAAAAGACUCAACUGUCGAAAAGCAUCAAGUUCCCGUGGAAGAAGAAGAAAUGA